AUGAAGGUCAUUGAAGAAAGAAGCGCUUUUAUGUGCGAUUACGAAGUUUUACAAUUUCUAUCAAAAUUAGAGAGACAACAUCAAUGGGAUCCAGAGAGUCUUGCUGAGGUGAAGAACAACAAGAAGUUCAAGAAAGCAAAGAAAUUUUACAACCAUCCAGAACUUGAGUUCAUCACACAUCAAACAAUUUCAUAUUUGAGUACUAGUAAAAACGAACAAGAACAAGAUGGAGAUGAUGAAGAAGAAACUUUCGCAAAUACUUCCAAACUUUCCGCUAUUAGUAAAUUAAAUGAUGAAAAAUUCUCAGAAUUGGUCACAAGAUUAAAUCAAUUUGAUUUGUACAAGAUCGAAAAAUUACAACUAGUCAACCAACUUCCAAACAAUAUAGUCCAUCUGUAUUCUAUAGUCGAAGAAUGUGAUUCAAGGUUCACCGAAGAACAAGUCCAAGAGAUCCUAUCCAUCAUCCAAGAUUUCAUAUGA